CUUUUUGGAAAUUCCUCUCAUCCCAUCGAGACGAUCGAGACGGAGGAUUAAUUAAUACGACGACGGGUUGCUUUGGAAAAGGGAAUAAGACUAUUCCCAUGCCUUAUUACCGGCAACGUCUAUGCCCCCCGGACACAUGAAGCAUCACCACUCGCAAGACGCUCAGAACAAUGCUCGGAACAAUUCAGCGGACAUGGUUAUCUGCCUUCGCGGCGACAACCCUCCUCCUUGCAUCGAUAACAUCCGCCGCCGUCCAGCCCCGGCAAGGUGACAUCCCCGUCAACGACUGGAUCACCAUCGACUCCAGCGGCCGCGCCCGAACCAUCACGCCCUCCGUCGUCACCAGCAACGGUGCACUCACAACCGUUAGCCCGCCGCCGUACUCGUUGACCGGGUCCGUCUACACCGUCACCGCGACCACCGGCGGACUCACGACGAGCACUGGCGCGCCACCGCCGCCAAAAGCCAGCAACGAGCUUGGUUACGGUGGUGUUUUCCCGGUCUGCAAUAACAGAGUGGGCAAUGACUCGCCGUUCUGUUUCCCAAGACGGGGUAACACUCUGCACGUGGAAUCAACGUACUACAUUACUUGGGACACGACCUUUUUCGCAGAUCCCGCCACGCCCAUUGUGAUUAUCGGCUUCGACGUUGAUAACGGCGUCACCGACAGCGCACCCGCCUUCUCUGUGACGAACCUUACCGGUGGCGAUGGCUGGCUUCCCUGGACCCCGCGCGUCAAAGACCUCGAGGGGCGAAAAUCCAACAACAUGACCAUCUUCCUCGUCUACAGCGACCCCUUGACAGGCAGGGAGAUGAACAAAACCGGACCCGUCUUCACGCUACAAGCUGCACUCGGUACCGACACAUCCAGCUCGAGGCCCGACCUCCUCCCCAUUCUCCUACCCGUCAUCUUCAUCUCCCUCGCCAUUGCCACCGUCAUGCUGUGGCUCUACAUCAGACGUCACAGGCGCCAUGCCGCCGCUGCGGCCGCCGCAGAACAGCGCAAUCCCGCCUACGUCCCGGGCCACACCCGCGGCAUGUAUGGGCAAAAGGGUAGCGCGGAUAUCAUGCUAGGGCCGACAAGCCCUCCGCUAGGCGAGCCUCCGGGGAGGAAUGUUUUUCAGGACGAGCUCCGUAGACAGGAACGCGAGAGGAAGUGAUGGCGGUUGACAGCAAAGAAAGGGCUUUUGGGUAAUGCAAACACGUGCCCGGCGACGAAGAGACACCGCGAUCGGGCAUGAGGGCGAUCCGCUUGGUAACGACCUUCCGGCGAUGAUCGGUCCCACGAAUGAAGGAACGGACUAUACGACUACAUAUGAUGAAUCAAAACAGAUGAAAUACAUCCAAACCUCUCAACUACCCAUCCGCAUCGCCACUUGGCGCGCUUAAUGGCACGAUGUUGAAGUGGCCAAUGUCCCCCAGAGCUUCCCCGGGAAGCCAAUCAUGAAUAGUCUUUGGGAGACUUGGGGGCUCAGUCGGCUUGGCCGUAGCCCAGGUCGCCAACUUCCAUCUACUGGCA